ACUUCACAGUCUACCAAAGUUCAAUAGAAGCAGAGGUUGUAUUUUCAUCGAGGCAACCAAGCAUGAUGAUCUUCAGGAACCUGAUCGAUUUACUGGACUGAGUAUGUUGAGCCCGUGAAAAUGGGUACUCAUCACCCAUCAGGCCAUGCUUAACCAAGACCACAUAUCGAUGGAGACAUGCACUGUCGAUAUCCUGGGCGACAGUCUCGUGAGCUAAAUCCUAGAUCCACCAUCACGAACAUGCCCCACGUCAUGAGAAAGUGGCUUUAUCCAAGACUCUGCAAGAGUACGGCAGCUUCCCAAGAAACAAAGAAGGAAGCUGCAGAAGCACAACGUCUAGAGAGGAGUGGAAGCCACAAACGACUCCAAUUGGAUACCAAUGCCACACGUUCCUGCACAGCAACUCCUCCACGCUCCUCGGCCCGUCGCUCGACCAUCCUCCACAUCUACCAGAUUUUCGUCUGGUUGAUGGCGAUAUUCACCCCGCGAUUUUCUCGUCCCGCCUACAGCCGGUCGUAUUUCCAGAUGUCCAAGCCCGACUAAAUUGCGAGAUGGCGUCCAUGACGAGACUAAGACAUGCUUAAGUCGAUUUAUCCUAAUUUUGUGGGAGUUUCUCGCCAAAUGUUUGCUUGCAGAGAUCUAAAGAUAGGAUCUUUAGCAUU